AUGUACGAACACCGAGUCUACUCCUUGGCGCCACCGGCCUCGCGAACCCGCAGCCUCCAGGGGACCGACGACCCGAGGGCCGCAGCCCAGAGGCCGUCGUCCUGCGCCGACCCGCGGUCCGGGAGCGAUGAGACGUGUGCUCUGACACUGUUCAGCCCCGGCGGAGGCGUCCCUCGCAGGCCCAGCGCAUGUGCCAUCGGCUUGAAGGAGCUCAGCGAGGCGGACACCUUGCGCGCCGACGGCGUGGGUCCCAGCGGCGGCGGCGGCGGCGGCGGCCAUGGCGUCACCGGAGUCGAGAUGGACACGGCGAUUGCCGAGGAAGGCUUCUCGUCCAUGUCUCCGACCAGGCUGGCCCCAUUGGCGCUGCUAAUGCAGAGUGCCAAGAGCCGGCUGUACACCGCCGUGGCGUGCGUCGUGCUCUACCACGCGUUCCUGCUGUUCGCCAUCGCCCGCCACUGGGCCGAGGGUCCCGACAUGUGCCAUCCCGUGUGGCUGCUGGCCCUGGCCACGCUCCUGGUGCUCCUGUUCGCGGCCGGCCGGCUGCUGCUGAAGCGCUACGCGACCACCAUCAUGGCCUCGGCGGACGCGUUGCGCUACCGCGAGAGGAUGCCCAAGGUGUGGCUGUCCAUCCUGGUGGUCGGCGUCAGCCUACUGGUGUACGACGCCCGCGACCACCUGUCCCGGCUGACCUCCCUGGGUGGCAUCCUGGUGCUGCUCGCCAUCAACUACGCACUCUCCAGCAGCCGGAAAACCGUCCCGUGGCUGGUGCUGGCGCGCGCUCUGGUGCUCCAGUACGUGGCGGCGGCGCUGAUGCUGCGCUGGUCGGCGGGCCGGACCCUGGUCGUGUGCGUGUCGCAGCACAUCAGGCGUUUCUUAAAGCACGCGUCCGGAGGGAGCCAAUUUUUCUUCGGGUACCUGGCCGCCGGUGCGAACCUGUCCGUGCCCGGAGGUGGCAUUCUGCUGCCCGAUAACGGACGGAACGACACCUCCACGCUCCUGCCCAUACUGGCGUUCAGCGCGAUGCCGGUGAUCUUCUACGUGGGCUUCUGCGUGAACGUGCUCUACUACUGGGGCAUCAUGCAAGCCAUCGUCUCUCGGCUGGGCGGAUUCCUGAACCAAGUGGUUGGCUCCACUGCCUGCGAGUCCAUAUGCGCGGCUGGGAACCUGAUACUCGGACCGGAGCAGUCGACGCUGAUGCUGCACCCGUACCUCCCGCACGUCACCAAAGCCGAGCUCCACUGCUUCCUGACGUCGGGCUUCGCCAGCAUGUCGUCCGUCAUGCUGGGAUCGUACAUCGCGCUCGGA